GACGAACGGUCGCGGCGCAGAGGCUGCCGGGACGCUGGAGGACUGGCGGGGGAGGGGCGCCAAGAUGGCCGUUGUGAGGCGAGUCACUGCAGAACAAGACGUGUAAUGAAACCAUCCUGCAGAAAGAAAUAAAGCAUUCAUCAAAACGCGUUUUGGCUAAGUGAAGGGACGAGUCUGUUAGGAGCCUGUAGUCCCUGUUCAGAGAGAGGAGAGGAGAGAUGAAGCACGUCCAGGAGGCAUUUCACAUCAGAGACGGAAGAACUUCAUCAGUUGUAUCCUUUUUGUAUCUUUCAUCCCUCACGUGCGGGAAUCUUCAGGAAGACUGGCUGAAACACACUCACGUCUUCCUGCCUAAUAAAUCUGCACAAUGCUAUUUUUGUGUUAGCCUUUGAGUUUUCCAUCAUCGGCACCAUCCACGUGAAGCAAAACUGAUGCUAUUUUAUGUAAAUGGGAUUUAUUACAUCUUUUACUUCCUGGCUACUCUUGCAAUGAUUGUUUAUAAAAGUCAAGUUUUCAGUUAUCCAGAUGAUUUUUUGGCUCCUGAUCUUGCCUUGCUUUUCAUUAUGGCCAUUCUUGAAGUGCUCCGAUUAUACUUGGGUUCAAAGGGUAACCUGACAGAAGAAGAGGCUCCAUUAGGGCUCAGUCUUGCGAUCACAGUUGGAAGUAUGAUUCUGUCGGUGUAUUUCCUGGUGUGGCAAACUUACGUGCUGCAAGCAGACGUCAUUAUAAACGCUGUUCUUCUCUUCACCUACGGGCUUGAGUCAGUGCUAAAGGUCAUAGCCAUUGCUGCUUUUGUCAGCUAAACCCUAGCAGUUUGCAACACGUUUUCAACACGUUUCUUCUAUAAAAGAGUGGGUUUAUAUUUGAAAUAUUUAAUUCUUUUGCAUAUAAAAAUCCUGUAAAACUUUCUUCUGCUUAAAGUACAAAUUUUUGAGACGCAGAGCUCUCCCACAAUGGCAGGUCAAAUGUCCUGUCUAGCAGCUGUGUUACACUAUCUCACCAGUUAGCUUAUUUAUGGGCAAGGGCAAGAGAUGAGUCAGCGAAAACGCUGAAUGCUCUGGUAUUCAUCAGGGAUCCGUACCAAAUACUCAUUCCUCACACAGAAUAGUAGCCAGUGCAUCAUCUCGCUACGUGCUGUUGAGAUGAUGUGAGUUUUCAUGGCACAGCAGCAACGUACAACCAAAGUGACACAGAAACGAAUCAGGCCAAUAUCGUACGGACUCAUUUCUGCCGUACCACGUACAUGUUCGUGUUCGAGGGCACAGUUUCUCUCCUGCUCUCAUUUGGGUUUUCAGACCCCAGUGGUAAUUUCCCUGACUUUAGUAGGGCAGUUCCUGAUUUAUCCCGGUGGGAGAGAGUUGAAUUGAGUUUUGCACAUCCCCGGAGAGCCGAGCUGUGGGAUUUGGGCAGCCGGUUCUUGCUGACGCAGAGGCCAAAGGCAGUAGUGUGAGGGUAUGUUGGCUUAAAAACCACGGCCUUAAAUUAAGCAUGAACAUUCACCAUUCACUCGUCCUUCUGUCCAGUUUAAAAGUCCAACAGAAUGUUGUCAGGUCUGUUUCUGUUUGGUGUUAAAUGUGUUUAUUUCCACAAUUCUGCAGAAAUUACUACGUUGUCUUUUAACUGAAGAACUGUGUGCAAUUUCAGAUUUUUUUACUGUAUCAGAAAUACAUAUGUAUUAAUGUAAAGCUUGGGUAAUUUGUGGGGGUUUUGUACAAGCAGGUUUUGUAUUCAAAAUUUCCUAUUUUUGUAUUUAUUCAAAUAAAUAAUGUAUUAGAUCUAAGAAGCGUUUGAAAUGUAGAGCAUCUUGUUCAGAUCCUAGGCUAGAGCUAAGCUACACCGAGGAAGACUUGGGCGAGACUGGAUGCGUGCAAAACUGGCCGUUCUCCUGCGCCUGAGCUCUGCGCUGAUUUGCAGUAGCUGGGGGCCGAAGAUACCGUGGCGCAGGCCCUGCAUUGCUUCAGCCACGCUGCUGUCUUCCUUCCCGGGGUGUAGAAGGGAACAAAAGACGCCAAAGUUCCUGUGAAGGGCCCCGUUUCAUCCCUCGGACACACCUGGGGGAGACCCCGCUGAUGCCAGGUAACACCAGCUCCUGUCCACCUCACGCCAGCAGUCACAAUCAAAACAUGCCCAUCGGCACGAAUCCUCCUGGGCCAGAUCCUGUCACGUCAGCGGCACAAAGCACCCUUUGUUAUCAGCGGGAGCAAGGCUGCGCACGUGAAGACGACGCUGGGUGCUAAGGAGCAGCCAGGAAAUUGAACGACCAAAUGUUGCCGUGCUUAAUCCACGUGAAUCAACACCCACCCGUUCGUCCUUCCGGAUUUGCUUGGCGUAACGGAAUGUGCUCGUCACAUACUUGUCACAAGAAGCGACAAACACACCGAGCUGUGUCUGCCCCAUUAAUGACGAAUGCAUACUGAGCAAAACCCCCUUCCCUCUGUGUACAAAUAAAAGCACAAUUUUUUCCUGGUAUUUGCACCUGCCUUACACAAAGGUCUGGCAA